UGGGUAUGGUCACUGAAAGCUUGGAGCAUCUAGAUCUCUCUAAUAUUGUCAAUGACUGCACCGAUCACCGUUUGAAUGCCCCAUUAACAACUGAUGAGCACCCAGCCAUCAAUGAGAUCCUACUUAAUGCUUCAUCACUGAAGGAACACGAGGAUGCGGAGGAAGAAAGCAUUUUAAACUCGUAUAAGGAAAAAAUAUGUGACCAUAGUGGUCACUCCUUUUAUCGGAAGUCCUUGGGUACACCUGCAUACUGUCACCAUUGCGGUGAAGUCAUUUGGAGUCCUCUGAGCACUGGAUUUGCGUGCGAUGUUUGCAAUUUCCUUGCUCAUGAGAAAUGCUUGCGUGAUAUUGUUACUAUUUGCCCUUCUCACGCAUCUACUCAAAUCCUUACGCCAGUUGCUCACUGCUGGUCUGAAUUAACGUUUUUUCGCCGGAAAUUUUGCAACGUGUGCCGCACAAGACUGAGGGAUACACCUUCUUUCCGCUGUGAAGUGUGCGAGUACUAUGCUCAUUACGAUUGUAAAGAAUUUGCGGUCAACGACUGUAAGCAGGGUGCUGCCUUCAGAUUCCAAAGGAAUAGGAAUCCAACCAGUACUUCACACCACUGGCGAGAAGGUAACCUGCGGUCAAGUACCAAAUGCUGUCUCUGUAAAAAGCUCUGCGGGUCCUCCGAGUGUCUGACCGGUUAUCGUUGCCUUUGGUGUGGUGCAACUGUGCACGCAGGAUGCUCACGAAAGCUGCCUGCGCAGUGCGAUUUUGGACCUCUGAGAAAUAUCAUGCUGCCUCCGUGGGCUGUUAGCCUCCCACGGCCUGACAUCCCCUCUGAAUACACAGUUGGCAUUAUGCGUCGACCCCAGAUUCGUACUUUCUACGAUUGCUGGUCAAGUAGCGAGGACAGUAGGGAGGAAAGCUGCCGCGAUUCUCGUAGCACUCGCGACUCACCUGACCGAGACGGCUUUGAUGAUUAUGCCUGUGCACUAGAUGGCGAAUAUGGUUUAACGAGCCGGUCAUUUCGGAGCUUCACUUUCUCCAAGGCCAUGUCAACUGAAAAGGCCAUGAGUCAAUGCUUGAAGGCUUUUUACUUGGUUGGCGACCCUAAGGACUACACACUCUACGAAAUGAACGAAAAAGGCAUGUCCCCUCAUCAUCAGCUCUCACUUAGCAUUUCUAACAUCGUUUAUGGGAAUGAAGUGAAACUGGACAUGAACGAAGACUUCAGAACGCAACUCCGUUUUGAUCCAAAGCGACCAACCCUAAUAUUUCGUCGCGAAACCGAAGACUUGGGACAGUCGGUGGAAUUGCCCUUGAAAGAGAGUACCACCGCCCAAACCAUUGUCUUUGACGCAGUUCAAGCCUUUCAGAAGUUGACUUUCACCUUAAUGAGCAAUCAGAACCAUCGCAUAUUCGCAUAUGGUCUCACUGACGAACUUGAUUCCUCGCAUUUGCGACUGACGAUGAUGUCGUUGAAUUUGUGUGUGAGUGAACGCAUCCUUGACCCGAAUGACCGUCCAUGGAACCUUUUAAACACACUGCGUGCAGAGUCUUGUCGGUCUCUUCAACUCACACGCUUUUGUCUACGACGUCUCAUGGAGGUGACUCCUGCAGAUUCUUCCUUGUCUUCCACCGCCGCCUCCACAGUGCCUCUCUUUGUGGGAAACUUGAAGGAAAACCUCUCCCAAUGUAUGUACGAGCGGUUGCUCACUCGAAAGUUGGGCGAACAAUUAAAAUGGGAGUCCAUUGAGGUCAUCUACUACGAGAGUGGUUGCCUCGUGCUUAACUUCGCUACCUUCGAGUUAGCAGAGAAGGCCUACGAAAAACUUCGGAAUGCUUAUAUAAUGGAGCGACCGCUGGUAGUGCUGAUACUCCCGAAAAUCCAACCGCACUUCAUUCCAGUCGGUGUUCAGCCCCUUCUUGUUUUUGUAAACAUCAAGUCCGGCGGAUGCCAAGGCAUCGAGCUCAUGACUGCCUUCCGAUGCUUGCUCAAUCCCUUCCAGGUUUUUAACUUGGACGUGGGAGGGCCACUGCCAGGACUCUUCUGUUUCCGCCAAGUGGCCUCCUACCGGCUAGUGGUAUGUGGUGGAGACGGAACAAUCGGAUGGACGCUUUCCUGCUUGGACAGCGUGGGGCAGGACGCCGCAUGCCACUCUCCACCCAUAGCUCUCCUACCCUUGGGCACUGGCAAUGAUCUCGCUCGCGUUCUCAACUGGGGUGGAGGCUACUCUUCCGCGGAGGCGCCCCUUCUCAUCCUCAAAAACAUUGUUGCCGCAGAGGAGGUUUGUCUUGAUCGGUGGACGUUGGUAGGUCGAUCAGAUGAGGAGGUGAAAGAUGAGGUGAAAGCAGCUCUACAUAUUCAGACAAACUCGAAGAACACCACUGAGGACAACUCUUUCAUUGUUAUUAUGAAUAAUUACUUCGGCAUUGGCAUUGAUGCCGAUCUCGCCCUCGACUUUCACAAUGCGCGCUCCGAGAACCCCACCAGGUUUAACAGUCGGUUCCACAACAAGUCGGUGUACUUCAAAAUAGGCUUGCGCAAGAUGGUGAAUAGGUCGACCUGCAGGGACCUGCAAAAGAAAGUAGUAGUGGAGGCGGAUGGCAAGGUGCUUGAUCUGCCUUCACUGGAGGGGAUUGUGGUGCUGAAUAUCCUCUCAUGGGGUGGGGGUGCCAAUCCGUGGGGCCUGGACAAGGACGAGACCUUCGCUCGACCCACGCACUACGAUGGUCUCCUUGAGGUGGUGGGCAUCUGCGGCGUCCUCCAUAUGGGCCAGAUUUAUUCCGGUUUUCGCUCAGGCAUCCGACUCGCUCAGGCCGCUCACGUAAGACUUUCAGACAUCUGGCUGAAGAUCAUCUUAAAAUCGGAACUGCCAAUUCAAGUUGAUGGAGAACCUUUUGUUCAACCACCUGGACAACUGACAGUUCUGCGCUCAGCUUUGAAGGUGAGGCCUACAUUAUUUAUACUGUGCCACACUAACCAUUCACAUGCGCGUAUGCGGUUUUCCUAUGCAUGA